UAGCUGCUGGCAUCCUCGCGCCGCGCGCUUUCUCUCUCUCUCUUUUCCGGGACUCUCGGGCUUGCGCCAGCGCCGCGCUCAGCACCAUGGACACCCCGCGCCAGGUGGUCAACUUCGGCCCGGGACCUGCCAAACUGCCCCGUUCCGUAUUGCUAGAAGCACAGAAGGAGUUGUUAGACUACAAAGGACUUGGAAUCAGUGUUCUUGAAAUGAGCCAUAGAUCAUCUGAUUUUGCUAAAAUUGUAAAAACAACAGAGAAUCUGGUGCAGGAAUUGCUAAAUAUUCCUAACAACUACAAGGUGAUUUUUGUGCAAGGAGGUGGAACUGGGCAGUUUAGUGCCGUCCCGUUAAACUUGAUUGGACUCAAAGAAGGAAGGUGUGCUGAUUAUGUAGUGACUGGAGCUUGGUCUGCCAAGGCAGCUGAAGAGGCCAAAAAGUUUGCUACUGUUAAAAUCAUUCAUCCCAAACUUGAGAGUUAUACAAAGAUUCCUGAUCCAAGCACAUGGAAUCUCAACCCGGAUGCAUCUUAUGUGUAUUACUGUGCAAAUGAGACUGUCCAUGGUGUGGAGUUUGAUUUUAUACCUGAUGUCAAAGGAGCAGUCCUCGUCUGCGACAUGUCCUCCAACUUUUUAUCCAAACCAGUGGAUGUUUCUAAGUUUGGUGUGAUUUUUGCUGGUGCCCAGAAGAAUGUUGGCUCCGCUGGGGUCACCGUGGUGAUAGUGCGGGAGGACUUACUGGGAUUUGCGCUGAAAGAAUGCCCAUCUGUGUUAGACUACAAAGUCCAAGCUGGGAACAGCUCCUUAUAUAACACUCCUCCAUGCUUCAGCAUCUACAUCAUGGGCUUGGUCCUGGAAUGGAUUAAGAACAAUGGUGGUGCCAAGGCUAUGGAGAAACUUAGCCUAAUCAAAUCACAAAUGAUUUAUGAUAUCAUUGAUGAAUCGCAAGGAUUCUAUGUAUGCCCAGUGGAGAAACAGAGCAGAAGUAAAAUGAACAUCCCUUUCCGUAUUGGUAAUGCUAAGGGAGAUGAGCAUUUAGAGAAGAAAUUUCUGGAGAAAGCUCUUGACCUUAACAUGAUCUCUUUAAAAGGGCAUAGGUCUGUCGGAGGAAUUCGUGCUUCCCUGUAUAAUGCGGUCACCAUGGAGGAUGUUCAGAAGCUGGCUGCAUUUAUGAAGACUUUUAUGGAAAUGCAUAGGCUGUGAAUACUUUGGUACCAGUUUAUAUACUGCCUAUUUAAAAAUGGGUAGCCUAUUAAAAUAAUUGUGGCAUACAUAGAUAUAAGCUCUUAACAAACUAAGUUAUUUUCCUGAUAAACAAGCCUGUUGUAACUCUUUGAAAAAUAACAAAACUGUUACAAGAUAGUUUGUUACUGCAAAGCCAAUGACAGCCGCCAUCUUCACUCUGACUAGUACCGUAAAAUUUUUAAAGCUAUACUCCCUGUGUUUUAUUCGAGGUUUAGUUUUUUCCUUCCCUGUUGCCUUUUUUUUCCUUGCUAAAUCUCAGUAUGUAAAUUUGACUGUGUACUUAAUUCAGCUGUUUGAAUAUCCUGGCUUCUGUAGGCACACACAACAGUGGGGGAAGGGACCAGAUUCUUCAUGGGGUGCCAAGGAUGCUCUAGACUAGAGUCAGCAAACUACAGGCCAAAUCUGGCCUUCUCUUUGUUUUUGUACAGCAGGCUAGCCAAGAAUGGUUUUUUACAUUUUUAAAUACAAUAAAACUUUAUCUUAAAAUAGAAGAGCCAUUUUUAGCUUACGGGCUGGCAGGCCAGAUUUGGCCCACAGGCCAUAGCUUGUAGAUGCCUGCUCUAGAUUGGUAGCCUGGGCUGCAUGUAUGGUCAGCUUCCAUUUAUUUAGGCCCAAACUUGAUCACUGUUUGUGAACUCAGAAACUCACAGCACAGGGCAAACCAUGGGUCUUCCCUUGUGUACUCUAUAUUCUCUUAAAGAGACCAAACUGAUAUACUGUUUCUAUUAAGGUCUAUUUUUAAGAUUAUAUACUAUUUUUCUCUAUGCAUUUAUAUUUCAAUAACGGUUCUUUGUAGUAUACAUCAAUACUUUAAUGUACGCUUAUAGUCACAGUUGUUAUGCAAGAAGCCUUAUUCAGUAUAUUAACAAAGGGUUGUAGUGUGAUGGGGUUUUCUGUGUUUUUUUUUUUUCUGCUUCUCUUCUCAGACAGGAGGAUUUGCAAUUUUCCAUAACACUUUUCCUACAUGUUAAGUUCAAACCAGAGCCUUUAUUAAAAUAGCACAAAUCUUUAUUCCUUUAGCUGUUCACUUUUCUCUGCUUAGUGGGUCAGCACUGACUUCUGGGGAUUUGGUUGGUGAAGAAGCCUCCUCCCAUUCUUUUAUCUGCAUUGACCAGUAUGUGAUACUGAACAUAUUAAACCACAUUAAAAGUACUAAAACUUGUCCAUCUUA